GUAGAUUAUCUGAUAUGGGCUCCAUAGUUACGUAGGAGAUAUCCGUAUUUCUAUGCACGUAUGUGCUAGCUAACAGGCGUAUGGCUCAGUGCAUAGCGGCGCAGGAACACUUUGUGGAUAACAGAUGGAACUCCUCCCCCUUGUCUCCGUACGUAUCUACGAAUAUCGUGAUUUACCUGUAAGCGAGUUUCCGCUCCUCCUCCUCCUCCUCUUCCUCUUCCUCUUCCUACGUACGUGUUCGCAGCCAUGGCGGAGAGUCGCGGCAAGCUCUCUCCGCACCUCAAUAUCUGUUAAAGAUUCUGGAGCACAUUCUGGAACAAAAAAUAAAGUAAGUGCCAGCAAACGCACAUAGGGUCCAGCAACGUCUUGGCAAGGCAAGAUUAAUCAACGACCGGACGAGCUUCCUGACAAUCGGGCCAUCCUCUGCUGUUCAAAUCGGGCCUUAGCUGCUACAUAGGACGCAACAAGAGAAAGGGACUGGGCCCCUCGAGCUUGUUAGAUGUUUCCACCCCUACGUCCGAGAAUCCAAGUAAGCCACGAGUCAGGCAGGUUGCAUCCAGCACACUGUGUCUCAACACAAUAACACCAAUAACACCCAAGUCUGGAUUGUGUGUGUCCUGCUUAGAUAAGCCAAGGAACUCCGACAGAGGUCCGUCUUUUCGUCACAGAAAAAUUCCUAUCAAUAGGUCUGCCGAGAAUCCUAACGCUCGGCAUUACACAAUGCGACCCUGUCUGACAAGAAUAUGUAUAUGUUCCUCUGCAAACUCCGCGGAUCAUUUGUCAAUCAGAUAAGAAUUAACACACUAGACAAGCAUCUCUGAAUGAAAACCGCGCCAGAAACAGAUUCACGGAAUUCUUGCAGCCGCAACGGCAAUGGCGUAAGGCUUGUUGU